CAGCAGCGCCCACAGUUGCCAAAUCGCACGCAAUAUAGGCGCCCACAGCUAAAGUUGAUCCUCGAAGAAGAUAAAAACUAAAAAGGCGACUUCUCUUGUCUUUAACUUAGUCCUCUCAUCGAUCCAUUGUCUGUCCCUUGUCUAAUGGAUUCCGUCUUCUCUAACGUUGCUCGUGCUCCCGAAGAUCCUAUUCUCGGUGUAACUGUUGCUUACAACAAUGAUCCUAACCCCGUUAAGAUCAAUUUGGGUGUCGGUGCCUACCGAACUGAGGAAGGGAAGCCUCUCGUUCUUGAUGUGGUUCGUAAGGCAGAGCAACUGCUCGUGAAUGAUCCGUCCCGGGUCAAGGAAUACAUUCCCAUUGUUGGUAUCGCUGAUUUUAACAAGUUAAGCGCCAAGCUCAUCUUAGGUGCUGACAGUCCUGCAAUCAAAGAGAAUAGAGUUGCUACCAUCCAGUGCUUGUCUGGUACUGGUUCCUUGAGAGUUGGGGCUGAGUUUCUCAAAAAACACUACCACCAAGGUGUCAUUUACAUUCCAAAACCAACUUGGGGGAACCAUCCAAAAGUUUUCAACCUGGCAGGCUUGUCUGUGGAGUAUUUCCGCUACUAUGAUCCUGCAACCCGUGGUCUUGACUUCAAAGGCUUGCUCGAGGAUCUUGGCGCUGCACCAUCUGGAGCUAUUGUUUUACUUCAUGCAUGUGCACACAAUCCCACUGGAGUUGACCCAACGUCUGAACAGUGGGAACAGAUUCGACAACUCAUGAGAUCUAAAAGCUUAUUACCCUUUUUUGAUAGUGCUUAUCAGGGUUUUGCUAGUGGUAGCCUUGACACAGAUGCACAGUCCGUCCGUACAUUUGUUGCUGAUGGUGGUGAAUGCUUGAUAGCUCAAAGCUAUGCCAAAAAUAUGGGACUUUAUGGGGAACGUGUUGGUGCCCUUAGCAUUGUCUGCAAGUCGGCAGAUGUGGCUAGUAAGGUUGAGAGCCAGGUGAAACUUGUUGUUCGGCCCAUGUAUUCGAGCCCACCUAUUCAUGGAGCAUCAAUUGUUGCCACCAUUCUGAAAAGCAGUGAUAUGUACAACAACUGGACCAUCGAGCUGAAAGAAAUGGCUGACCGCAUAAAGAGCAUGCGCCAACAGUUAUUUGAAGCUAUACAAGCUAGAGGCACACCUGGUGACUGGACUCACAUUAUCAAACAGAUCGGGAUGUUUACUUUUACCGGAUUGAACAAGGAGCAAGUUGAAUUCAUGACCAAAGAGUUUCACAUUUACAUGACCUCUGACGGGAGAAUAAGCAUGGCAGGUCUAAGUUCGAAGACAGUGCCGCACCUCGCGGAUGCUAUGCAUGCUGCAGUGACCCGCCUCGGCUAAACUAGCGACAACAUAUAUAUUUUUGCUGUUUCUACAAAUAAAAUGGGAGAAAACAACAGCGUUUUUGUUGGCUUAUUAUACUAUGGAUUUUUUGUUUCCUCAUGUCUUUUGACUAAGGAUGGUUUAAUCAAACCAAACCGAGUAUUGUGACAUUGAGAUCUACCAUUUCUAAGGAAAAUAUUGGUUACUUUAAUC